AUGGAAGCACAGGAAGCAACCCCAUAUCCGAGGGAAGCAUGCAGGGCGUUGGCAGGGCCCAUCAAGAGGGGGGAGCACAAAAACCGCACCACCCUGGCCAUGGCCCCAAGAGGGAGGAGCGAGCGGCAGCGGGAACGGGGGACAAAGGAGCCACCACAACUGAACCAAGAGCGCAGGCAGGGACCACCGACAUAUGAGGAUGGGGCCCAGCCCCCAGAAAAGAGGCGAGACCCACCUCCCAGGCCAGGAAGCACACAAGGCCCCCCAAACACCCGAGACCCCUCCAAGCAGCCUGCAGGACCCCCCGGCCUCCAAUCCACCCCCAUCCCGGACCCCACCCUGGACAGCAAGCCCAAGAUUGGGAGACCGCCUAAGCGAAAACAGGGCAAAAACCCCACCCCAUGGAAACCGUGGCCCCCAAACCCACAGCCGCUGUCCGCCCCCCGUGCCAACACCCACGCCCCACUGCCACCACCCAUCCCCCAACGAACCGCAGGACCCCGGACCCCACGAGCCCCAGAGCAGGGCCCAGAGACCACGGCAGAACCGGCAAGGCAGACCCCCCCACCCCAGACAUCCACAGCCAUCCAGGGCCAACCACACAUGCCACACUCACCCUACCUACCAACCCCACCAUAA